UUAGAUCUAAUUUUAAUUACUUGGGAAUAAAUAAGUUUAUAUAUAGCUAAAAUAUCAGGAAGAUAAAGAAAAACCAUAAUUUCAAGAAUAUUAAUACUGUUGCUAUAAGAAAUUAACAGUAGUUGUUAUAUUUUUAUGUAACAAAAGAACAAACUAUGCAUUUAUGGACUUGCCAGAUGCUCUGUUGGGGAAAGUGGGUUUGGUUCUGACUUUCACUCUCUUUGCUAUAUUUGUGUUUUGGGUCAACUCCUACCCUUUUAUUGACGACGAGCUAACAAUCUACAAAUAUAUACCGAAUCCACAGUGGGCGUUACUAUUUUGCGCAGUUUGGGGCCUGUUCUUUAUCGGAGGGCUCAUGUCCUUCACUCUAUACCACUUGUACCCCUAUUUAUAAGUAAAUAUAACCAAGAAAAUCACAAAUUUGUGCUCGAAUCAAAAUUCCAGAAUAAAAAACUUAGUAUACAAGAAGAAUCUAAGCUUAAUCGUGAAUCUAAGACAUCAAAGUCUAAAAAUUUAGUUUCAAAUAAAACUUCAGAGGAAUUUAAAAGAAAAAUGUCAAAAGACUGGAUUGUAAUCGGCAUAUCUGGUGUGACGUGCGGUGGAAAGACGACGUUAGCGAAUAAAUUGCAUGAGAAAUUAGUACCAGUGUACACAUUUCAUCAAGACCAAUAUUUUUAUCCCGACGACAGUCCAAAGCAUGUGAAAUGCGAUAAUUUGGAUCACAAUAACUACGAUAUACUGUCUUCAUUAGAUAUGGGACAAAUGUAUGAGGAUAUUGUUAAAACAAUGAAUGGAGAAGUGAAGGCACAGGCGUGUAGCCUUGAGGCAGAUCGCGGCAAGUUACAAGUGCAAGGGAAAAAGUUCUUAGUUGUGGAGGGAUUUACGGUGUUGAACUAUAAACCUAUUAUGGAAUUGUGUAAUUUAAGGUACUACUUCAUAUUAGAGUACGGCGAGUGUCUCGCGCGGCGCGUGCACCGGCUGUACGAGCCGCCCGACGUGCCGGGAUACUUCGACACGUGCGUGUGGCCCGAGCACCUGCGCUACCGGGCACAGAUAGAAAAAGAUGGACGAGUGAAGUUACUGGACGCGACCAGACCGGACGCGCUCGAAGUUGUGGUCUCAGAUCUAAAGGAGCUCGGAGCCACUGAGCUACUCGGAUAAAUUGUAUUGUUAUUUAUAUUUAAGAAUAUAUGUUUUACUACUUAA